UUUGUCUGUAUACUAGGGCAAGUCGUUGACUGGAGGAUGCGAAAUCUAAAACGGAACAUCGGAAGAAUCUUGCAGGGCUCCGGAUUCGGAGAUCCUAAAAUUGCAGGGUCGGAUUAUGGGAAGAAGCUUGGAAUCUUCGAUGCUGCCUGUUGCUGUUCUCCCAUGACUUCCCCCCAAAGCCUCGACCUUUCUUCUCCUUAACCCCACGGCUUCAAUCAUCUCUCGCUCUUUCUUCAAACCCGUCAACAUCAAUUUCCAAUUCACCUCGUUUCGUUUCACCGAUGAAACACCACUUUGUUCCUAUAUUAUGCGUAUUAUUAUUUAUCCUAGUCUCGGCGUUUUCGAGCUCGGCAGGCGACUUAUCGCUUUGGAAUCCGUAUGGGGAUGGCUUAUCUCGAAGCCCAAGCCGAUCUCUCCUGUCUCUCGCACCCGAACAUAGUACCGCACUUAUUGCUGGCCUGGAUGGGACAGUCCAUUUGGUGGAGAGUAAUUCUAAGAGAGUUAUCUGGUCUUUUGCAUCAGGAACACCAAUUUACACUUCGUAUCAGGCUCCUUUCAGCGAAGAUAAUGAUAAAGAAAAUGCAUCUGGACCAAAUGGUAGAUUCUUCAUAGAUUGUGGAGAUGACUGGGAUUUGCAUAUGCACACCCAGAACUAUGGUAGAAUGAAACUUUCAAUGUCUAUUGAUGAAUUUGUCAAAAAUACGCCAUACAUAUCAGAGGAUGGUGCUGUUACGCUCGGAUCUAAGAAAACUACUGUGUUUGAGGUUGAUCUUAGGACUGGAAAGCUGAUCCGCACCUAUAGAUUUGAUCCUCCAUCGACAUUGCGGAGUGAUGAAACUCGGAGUGUUUCAUAUUAUGAUACAGCCGAUAAGGAGUUGGUAAAGUCUGGUCCUAAGAACCCAGAUAUUGUUGAUUUGCGACUACACAUCACAAGGACAGAUUAUACAUUGACGUCUUUUGCUCGAGACUCGGAAAAAACUUCGUGGAAUAUGACAAUUGCUGAAGUUGGGGCUUCUUUGCUUUGUCUAGAUGCUUCUAGUGGGGCUCCAUUGAAUUUUCCAGAUAAUCCUGGUUCUGAAAUUGGCAUUGAUUUUGCUAUCCCUUUGUCAUGUCACACAAGAGGCCCUGUUUUCUGCCAUAGGAGUCAUACUUUGCCAGAAUCCUCUAGGUCUGAAAGACUCCCAAUGCCUCCUUCAGGUCUGAUGAUUCCUACACAGCCCAAGGUUGAUGAAUUCGUAGAUAUUCAACAUGAAAAUGUUAUGCUCCCAUCCCCUACUCCAAACUCUAUACUGCCUUUGCGACCCAAAACAAACAUUCAUCGCAGAGAUGAUAGGGAAGCAAUGCUUCCACUGCCUCCAAUGGAGAUUGAUGAUACAGGGAUUGUGGAUGUGCAUGGCAUGAGAAUUUCUCUUAAGCACGUCUUAAGCAUGUUUUUUGAAUGGUCAACAGCAUUGUCUAUCAUUUUGUUCGUGAUCAUUCUUGUUGUUGGCCUUGUUGUUAAAGGCUAUGUUUGGGUGAUUAAAGAACAAGCUUUGUUGAAUGAGCAGCCCGGUAAUUCUGGCUCAAAAACUGCAUCGUCCAAGAGGAAGAAAAAUAGAAAAUCGGGAAAGAAUGUUUCAUCUGAAAAUGGAGAUGUCUUUGUACAUGUUGAUGGUGAAAAUAAAAUGUCGUCGCACCUUGAUAAACUUGUAGAUGGUAGCAUUGAUGGACGUAGGAUAGGUAAACUAAUCGUAUCAAACACAGAAAUCGCUAAGGGAAGCAAUGGUACCAUUGUCCUCGAGGGAAACUAUGAAGGUAGACCAGUUGCUGUGAAACGUCUUGUCCAAGCUCAUAAUGACGUGGCUUUUAAAGAAAUUCAGAAUCUUAUUGCAUCUGACCGGCAUCCAAACAUUGUUCGAUGGUAUGGAGUAGAGUAUGAUCAAGAUUUUGUCUAUCUCUCUCUAGAGCGUUGUACUUACAGCUUGGACGAUUUGAUCCAUAUUUCUUUACAUUGUUCACAAUACCCAAUGUUCAACAAGGACCAAGCUACGAGAGGUAUGAUCGAGUAUAAAGCCCGCUUGGAUUCAAAGAAGGAUAUUAUGUCAGGUCUUAAUUUGUGGAAAGCAAAUGGCUAUCCGUCACCUUUAUUAUUAAAGAUUAUGAGGGAUAUGGUUUCUGGGCUGGUGCAUUUGCAUGAAUUGGGAAUAAUUCAUCGGGACUUAAAGCCUCAAAAUGUGUUGAUAAUCAACGAAAGUUCUGUAUGUGCAAAGCUUUCUGACAUGGGCAUUAGCAAGCGCCUUGUUGAGAAUAUGUCUUCCUUGGGUCAUCAUGCUACUGGUUGUGGUAGUUCUGGUUGGCAAGCACCAGAACAACUUCUUCAUGGGCGCCAAACUCGUGCUGUAGAUUUAUUUAGUUUAGGUUGUGUCAUUUUUUUCUGCAUCACUGGAGGUAGACAUCCAUUUGGCAAUCAUCUUGAACGUGAUAUUAACAUUGUGAAGAACCAAAUGGACCUCUUUUUGGUUGAACAUAUCCCUGAAGCUCUGGAUCUUAUUUCUCGUUUAUUAAACCCUGACCCUGAAUUAAGGCCAAAGGCAUCGGCAGUGUUGCACCAUCCUCUGUUCUGGAGUUCUGAGAUGAGACUCACAUUUCUUCGGGACACUAGUGACAGGGUAGAAUUGGAGGAUAGGGAGACUCAUUCUAAUCUCUUGCAAGCAUUAGAAAGAAUUGGACUGGUGGCAUUAGGUGGGAAAUGGGAUGAAAAGAUGGAAACUGCAUUUAUCACUAACAUUGGUCGUUAUAGGCGGUAUAAAUUUGACAGUGUUCGAGACUUAUUGCGUGUCAUGCGAAACAAGUUAAACCAUUAUAGAGAGCUCCCUAAAGAAAUUCAGGAGCUUGUAGGACCAGUUCCUGAAGGAUAUGAUAACUACUUUGCAAGUCGAUUUCCAAGACUUCUGAUCCAAGUAUACAAAGUUAUUUACAGAUACUGUAGGGAAGAGGAAUGCUUUCAGAAGUAUUUCAAAACCAAUGCAUGUUGAACAGCUCUUUGGCCUCUUCUAAUUGCUUAAGAACUACUUGUACGUGGCUGCAGUUAGUAGCUCAAUAUUGGUAUAUGAUAUAUGUAUUGAAACAGGUUGUUUAUAAAUGUAAAUAGAGUGGUAAUAUAAUAAUGUAUAAAAUUUCCUUCAAUCAACGUUAAUAAAUGUGCUGUGCAUUAGGCCUUUAAACUAA